UCAACCUGCCAAAUACAAAAUGUGUUCCAGUUAUUUCACGCAGAAAUAUAUAGAAGCAAAACCCUGACCCUCUGAAGGAAUUCUGAAUUGGGUUCAAUUAGCAAUGGCUGGAAGGAAAAGAAGGAGGAUGAAAUCCAUUGAUGUUUCUAGGUUAGCUGCAAUGAUCCCCAAAAAUGAAGGAGUUUCACUCGACAAGAAUGAAGAGCCUGUGCAACAGAUACAGCCAGAACUUCCAAGAGAUAUUCUGAGAGUCAUUAUUGGUCGCUUGAACUUGAGAGAUAACAUAUGUGCUUCUGCUGUUUGCAAACUGUGGCAUUCCGUUGCCCUCUUUGUUCGAGUUGCAAAUAAACCUCCGUGGCUUAUGUUCAUUCCAAAGUUUGGUGAUCUAGUAGAAUUCUACGACCCUUCACUGCGCAAGACUUAUUCGGUUGAGUUGCCCGAGUUGCGCUCCUCUAGACUUUGUUACACCAUGGACGGAUGGUUGUUGCUAUACAGGCCCAAAGAUCAAUGUGUGCUGUUCUUCAAUCCUUACACUAGGGAGGUGAUCGAUUUGCCAGAAUUGGACUUGACAUAUCAAAUCGUUGCAUUUUCUGCUGCACCGACAUCUCCUAACUGCAUCGUCUUUACUGUUAAGCAUAUCAAUCCCACAGUGAUCGCUAUUAGCACAUGUCACCCUGGAGCAACUGAAUGGGUGACUUCCAAUUAUCAAAACCACUUGCCAUUUGUGAGCAGCAUCUGGAAUAAGUUGGUUUUCUGCAAUGGCUUAUUCUAUUGCCUGAGUCUGAGUGGCUGGCUCGGGGUUUUUAACCCAGAAGAGCGCACUUUGGUCCAAGUUGUGCCUCCUCCCAAAUGCCCUCAGAAGUUUUUUGCCAAGAAUUGGUGGAAGGGAAAAUUCAUGGCAGAGUAUAAUGGGGAAAUUUAUGUUAUCUACACUUGCUCUACUGCCAAUCCAGCGAUAUACAAGUUAGACCAAACUAAUGAAGUGUGGGUUGAGAUGAAAACGUUGGGUGGUAUGACGCUCUUUGCAAGUUUCUUAUCAUCGCAAACAAGGACAGAUAUUCUUGGGGUGAUGAGAAAUAGCAUUUACUUUUCUAAAGUUCGCUUUUAUGGACGGCGAUGCAUAUCAUACUCUCUAGACCAUAACAGGUACUACCCACGAAAACAGUGUUAUGAUUGGGGAGAACAAGAUCCUUUUGAGAACAUUUGGAUUGAAUCACCUGAUGAUUUUUCAGCAUUUGUUUGAGCAGACUUGUGAAGCAGAGCUGAAGUACAGUGCAGUGAUCCGGCCAGUAGAAUGGACAGAUGGGCACAAGUAGGAGAAUAGGCCUCUCUUUGGUGCUGAACAGAUAACCCUAAAAAAUGGCUCACAAAAGUCUUGAUGUCAAUUCUAGGACUCAUCAGAAUUUCCCAGCAAUUUCUCAUUUCAACAGAGUGUUUUCCAUAGAGCCAAGUUUGUAACAGUGCACUUGAGAUUCUACAGUUUUUCUUCAGACUUUGAAUUUCAUUACAUAUAGAUGUUUUUCCUACUAAUGUAUGUGUAAUUUCAAUUUUUAUACGCACAUACCUUAAAGGUGUAUUAUUUAUUUUAAAAUAUGUCAUAUGAUAUAUAUACAGGAAAAAUUCAUUUUUGGUUUCA